AGGCCAUUGCCAUGCAUCAGGCAUGGUGUGUACAUGUAUUGACUGAGCAGCUAGCUGCUCGUUGAAAAUUGUAAUUUUCAUUGUGAAGAAGGCAGAAUACUGUCCUUAAUCCUAGGAAUCAGCUUGGUUUGUCCGGGUCCAUGAUCUGUGUUGCUGUCUCUUGUUUAGUGUUACAACUGACUCUGAGAAGUGACAUGGUCUUACAAGGGCAUACUUUUAGGGAGGAACGAGGAUUGUUGCUGACGUGUGAACUCUAGUUUUGUAUAUUUUGCCGGUAACAAUUUGCGCAUCCACAUCACAAGAAUAAGGGGAUAACUUAGUGAUGUAGAGCAACCUGAACCAGAGCAGCCACCAUGAAUUACGUUGGCCGGCUUCUGUCGAGCUUUAAGACUUUCUACAGCGAGAUCAACACGGCAACGCUGACUGGCGCCAUCGAUGUUAUUGUCGUCGAGCAGGAGGAUGGGUCGCUGCUGUGCUCACCGUUUCACGUCCGCUUCGGCAAGAUGGGAGUGCUUCGCAGCAGGGAGAAGUGUGUGUACAUUGAGAUCAAUGGUGAACAGGUUGAUCUUCACAUGAAGCUAGGAGAGAAUGGUGAGGCUUUCUUCCUGGAAGAGGCUGCAGUGGAGGAUAAAGUACCCGCUCAUCUUUGCUCCUCGCCAUUGCUGUCCACCAUCGAACUGAUGGAGGACGGGAUGAAACGUCUUCAUGCCGAGGCCAGCAGCAUCCGCAGUGAGACGGAGAGCAGCAAAGAGUCGGACGCAAGCCUCGGGAAAGACCUGUCCCUAGACAACAAACUCAACAGCUCGGGUGAAAUGUCCGACCUCAAGGAGAGUCUCGCUCUCUCAGACGACGGGAAGGAACCCAAAUCGGAGCAUGCGAUCGUAGAUAUGACAGAACCAGCUGAACAAAUCAAGAUCACGGUUGAAAGUGAAGCGGCGCAAGGGAAGAGCAAGAAGCAACUUAAUUUUGAGGGUGGAAGCAGAGUGUUAGACGUAGACGUCGAGAACGUGUCCGAGGAAGAACUGGAAAAGCUGAAGAGCAACUCCUCAUCAGCUAAGGAGACUCUGAUCAGGAUUGAGAGCGAAACCAAAUCAAGCCGUCGUGGAAAGCUGACCAGGAAACGGCGACGGAAGGGCGUCGCAGCCAAACCGCCUCCUCGCUCAGAGAAACAAGACGUUGAGGCGCUCGCUGCGGUGAAGUCGUCGCUCAGUAGACGCCUGAUGAACCUCUCUGAGUCCAGUACCUCGUCGUCGCAGCAUUCUGAUGAUGAGAUCUUCCAGAUCGAGGAUGUCUCGGAGGAGGAGGAGGCGAACAGAGGGAUGGGUCAGAUGUCGUUCUCAAAGCCGAAGGUUAAUAGUGACGUCUGGGGCGAGGUUUGCAACGAGAUGCUGAAGGUUAAUAUACAUCCACAACAUCCACUGUCUGACGGCGAUGUCACCCCACUACCUCUCAGUCCUGUGUGUACGCGACCUCCGACCCCCAAGAGUGACACAGAGGUAGAGACUUCCAGGCUGGCUAGAGGUCGGGCAGCGUCGGGUCACAUCCGAUCCUCGAGCAGUACCGAGAAGAUAGAGUGGAAUUGGGGUGAACUUCCAGAGCGCCGCUUGUCAAGAACGCCUUUGAUCCCUGCUGAUGAUGAGGUUUUUGAGUCUUUGGCCAACCUCAAGAAGGAUGAGGAUAAGCCCAAAGAGGAAGGCAGCGAGGCGGACCUGGAGAGCCAGAAGACGGGUGAGACCGGCAAAACAUCGGUGUGGAGUAAACUCAAUGUUUUCAGAAACAUCCAACACAGUCAAGGGACAGAGCAGGGGAUGUAUCUCCAGGAUCUAGCGUCGGAGGAGAUCGACCCGGAGGUGUAUGCGCUGUACUUCCCAGAAAGGGCGGAGGCGUCUGGUAGAAUUGAAGCGCUUCGUGAUGAGGAUAAGUCGUCUGAUCUAGGAGCAUCUCUCCCGCAAUCUCCAAACACUGUAGAGGAAGUCUCUAGCAGCAUAGAAUAUGAAGAGGGUACCAGUGAAUCUUCAAUGGAGCUACAGAUGUCCCUGUGUGGAGGACUUAAAGAUGAAGAUGACACUGUCCCUCAUGAUCUGUUCAUAAAGGACCUCGUUAGUUACGAGGAGUUUUGUAAAACACCGGGUCUUCUCUCCAACCCGAACCUCGUCGUCCGACUGGAUGGCAAGUACUACAACUGGCAGGCAGCUGGACCAAUCAUGAUCUCUUACCUGGCAUUCAGACGACCCCUCCCAGAGAUUGUUGUGUCUAAUCUAAUGAAGGACCAGGUGCCGAAGGGAAAACGUAGUCUGACAUCUUGGCUAUGGGGGACGUCUAAACCGCCAACAACACCAAAGAAGGAAACUGAUGCAACUGAAAUGGAAACAGCCCAACAAGAAGGUGAUGAAAUAAGGCAACCAGAAGAGACGGUUUACUGGAGUGACGAGACGGAGUCUAGUGAGAGAGUCUCGGUUCAUGACCAGGUCACCUCUAGGAUGCGAUCGCAGAGCGGCAUCUACAAGAAGUCCAUCCGCUUGUCUUCUGAGCAACUUGCUAAGUUAAACUUAAAGCCAGGUCCAAACGUCAUCAGGUAUUCGGUAACCACAAGGUACCAGGGAACAACAAUGUGUGAAUCCACAGUGUACCUAUGGAAACAUGACAUCAAGCUGGUUAUCUCCGAUAUCGAUGGCACCAUUACAAGGUCAGAUGUGUUCGGUCAGAUCCUACCCGCCCUUGGUAAAGACUGGACUCAUGGUGGGGUAGCCCAGCUCUUCUCACAGAUCCAGAACAACGGCUACCACUUCCUGUACUUAUCAUCCAGAGCCAUUGGCCAGGCUAGGCAUACCAAAGGUUACCUCAAGAGCGUCUGUCAGGAUAAGUUUGAUCUUCCUGACGGGCCGUUGCUACUUAAUCCCAGCUCUCUAAUACGAGCCUUCCACAGGGAGGUGAUUAUCAAGAAGCCAGAAGAGUUCAAGAUCCGAUGUCUGAAGGACAUUCUCUCAUUAUAUCCCUCCAGUGGCAACAAAGCAUCGAAUCCGUUCUAUGCCGGUUUCGGAAACCGAAUUAAUGACACAUGGGCUUACCGAGCGGUCGGAGUUCCUGUGUCAAGAAUCUUCACCAUCAACUCACAGGGAAAGGUUACUCAUGACCUCACUUACACCUUCCAGUCCUCCUAUCCCAAGAUGAGGGACCUUGCAGACCAUGUCUUCCCGCCCCUCCAUCGCAAACAAACGAUGGCCUUUGUGUCGCCCCACGAGUACAGCUCCUUCACCUUCUGGCGGGAACCCAUGCCCGAGUUGCCCGCCAAUGAUGAACUUCUGAGAGACAUCACGUCCAAAGAUAAGAAAUAACCUCACUGAGAGAGGCAGAAAGACCCAGCAAGUUUCAUCAUCUGCUCUGUAGUCAGAUUGUAUUAGUUACUGCUAAUGAAAAGCUUCCCCAAAUCCUUCAAAAUCCUCUGUAAUGGUGUCAAACCCGACAAGGUUUCCAAAUCCCUCAAAAUCCACUGUAAACCACCAAGAUGGUUUUUGCCUAAAGAUGAGAAAUAAUCUUACAGAGGAAGGCAGGGGAGAGAUGCGCACAGCAUAAUCCAUCAGUUGUAGCCAGACUGAGUUAACAAUUACUGAUGGUGAUAAGCUUCCCAAAUCCUUAAAAAUCCACUGUAAUGAUGUAGAAACCAAGAAGGGUUUUGCCCAAAUAUGAGAAAUAGAGAGAAAGGCAGAGAGAGAGAGAGAGAUACACCCAGCAGAAUCCAUCAGCUGUAGUAGCCAGACUGUUUUAACAGUUACUGCUAACGAUAAGCUCCCCUAAUAUCUCCAAAAUUCCCUGUAAUGACCUAAAAACCAACAAUGUUUGCCCGUUUUUGAUGGUUUUGGUACUGCCUUAGUCACUGUUUGCCAGCAAGGUGUGCCUAAGCCAACGAUAAGCUCCCCUAAAUUCUCCAAAAUUCCCUGUAAUGACCUAAAAACCAACAAGGUUUUCACCCGAUUUUGAUGGUUUUGGUACAGCCUUAGUCACUGUUUGCUAGUAAGGUGUGCCUAAGCCAACGAUAAGCUCCCCUAAUAUCUCCAAAAUUCCCUGUAAUGACCUAAAAACCAACAAGGUUUUCGCCUGUUUUUGAUGGUUUUGGUACACAGUGUUUGCCAGCAAGGUGUGCCUAAGCCAAUGAUAAGCUUCCCCAAAUUCUACAAAAUCCCCUGUAACAAUGGCCUUCAUUGUUAAUGAUAAGCUUCCUAAAUCCUCCAAAAUCCCCUGUAAUGACACACAAAACCAACAAGGUUUUUGCCCGUUUUUUUGUUGGAUUCAGUACAGCCUAAAGGCCGGUUUAAAGUUGGUUGUGCUAUUGAAAUUUUGACCCCAAUACAAUUUAUAGUCGUCGCUGAGGCCAAACACUGUCUUUUUUUGAUCGCGGGUCGACAUUCCAUCGCCCGACCACUGUGCGAUCAUUACGUUACUGGCAACUAUAAGCCGGCCUUUAGUAGUUUACUCACUUUGGUGUUAUGAAGGCGUGCCCAAUCCUGGAAUUACAUGGCGGGUCAUGGCCUAAAUGCCCCUCCAUGGAUUCUAAUAUUUGCCCUUUGCAAAAAGAAAAAAAGGCCUUGCCCUCCCAAAGAUGAAGUUGUAGGCCUGUGUUGCAAUAGUUAUGGCCAGUUUUAAACCUUCCCCAUAAUUUUGCCAGAUUUGUAUCGUCUAUAGCCCUGUUCGCAUUGGACUUAAUUUGGUUAAACUAACCGAGCCAACGGGUAACUUACCCAUUUUAAGUCCAAU